UUGAGUUGUGAGACGGCUGGAACCAGACGUGAUAUCAUUCUGUCAACAUGACCAUCAUGGACGGUGUUUUUCUGCUUCUGGGGACCUCACUUCUCAUUCAUUAUGGUGUAUCCAUAACGUUGGACGACUGCCCUGCUAGCCUGGUGAGAGACAGGUACCUGCAGGUACACGGCGACCUGUGCUACGAGUUCAUCGUGUACCGCCAGAGCACCCACCUAGCGGCCAAGUCAGACUGUGAGAUCAACGGGGGGAGCCUGGUGUUCAUCAAGUCAGCCGAGACCCAGCAGUGCCUCACCCACCAACUUGAGCACACCUACAAAGAGCAUCAGUCUAUCUGGAUCGACAAGGACUGCGUUGCUAUGGAUACCAGAGACGGGGGGAAGUGGAAAGAGUUCCCGUGCGAGUCCACCGAUAUUCUGGUGAUCGUGUCGACAAACGAAAGACACAGUUACGUCUGCCAGUACGACCAAAGUGCUCUGGUGUCGCGGGUCUUCCGUCACCCACCCCUGCCCGCGGGGACCACAAUGUCCUCCAUCACUCACCCCUGCCCGCCAUUGUCCUGCAUUGACCACUGCAGUGUCUACAAGAGGGACCCUGUGACCGGAUGUUUUCUAUGUGAAUGUGAAGCAUAG